AUGGCGGCGUCCAAGAAUCGCAUGAGCCUCAUGACCCUCCCCAAGAACGUCCGCAAUCAAAUCUAUUGGCUGGUCAUGAAGCCCGAUGCGGACGAUGAGGAAGACCAAGAGAAGUACAGAUGGGUCGAUGGGACGCCGGUUCUCAUUCUGCAGAGCGAGGGAACCGACAAGUAUGGCGCAGAUUACUGCAACGACACCAAGUGGUGGCUCCAGCCUGCGAUCACCAAAGUCUCAAGAAAAGUCCGCAAAGAAGCCCUUCCCGUCUACUACGGCAACAUCGAGUUUCAGAUCCACGGGACCGGAUACAUCGACCAGUUGGAUGCAGCUGGCGAGUCGCUCAGCCAUAUCGGCAAGAACGCGCGUUGGAUCAGGCACUUGCGGGUCUUCUACCAGUACGAUGAUAUGGAGGACAACCUCAAGCAGGAGACUCUUGACUUCCUCAAGCCGAUUCCUGCGAGUUCCAUCGCAAUGAAAAUGCGCCGAGCGCCAAUGUCAGUUCUGGGUCGGCUCGGUGCAGAGUUGGCAGGAGAUCUGGGGGAGGAGUACGAUGACAUGUAG